AUGCCACAACAUUUGACGCUCCUCCUAGACUCUCCCGUCCUCAUUGCUGCCAUUUUCAUCUGCAGCAUCGGGGGGACCUUUCAAUAUGGAUUCAGUGUUUCUGUGAUGACAUCCCCCUCUGCUUUUAUAAAGGAGAUGGUGAAUGAAAGUUGUUUGCACAGAUAUGACCGGAUCUUGGAGGAGUGGGAGGUCUCGCUCAUCUGGUCUUUCACAGUGUCCAUAUUCUGCAUUGGGGGAUUAAUUGGAUCACUGAUGUCCGGUCCGCUCACCUCCAGAUUUGGCAGAAAACGUUGUCUUCUGUUAAAUAAUUUUUUGGCUAUAUUUGGAGCCAUAUUGAUGCUUUUGAGUCGAACAGCCAUUUCUUUCGAGAUGAUAAUCGUGGGGAGAUUUCUCUAUGGGAUCAAUUCAGGGGUCGGUCUUUCAGCUCAAACCAUGUAUCUCACUGAAUCUGCACCAAAAAAGCUGAAAGGAAUGGUUGGUGUCACCAUUGCAACCUUUUUAUCCUUCGGAAAGUUUUGCGGUCAGCUGCUAGGAAUUAGAGAGUUGCUUGGCUCAGAGAAGAAUUGGCCGUGGCUGCUUAGUUUCAAUGGUUUCACUGCAUUCCUCCAGCUCUGCACCCUGCCUCUCCUACCAGAGUCUCCAAGGUUCCUUUUACUGGAGAGAGGAAACCUGCAGGCUGCUGAAAAGGCUUUUAGGAAACUAUGGGGUAAAAAAGACUAUACCAAGGAAGUCGAGGAGAUGCUGGAGGAGAAAGCAGCAAUCCAGGGUAUAGGAAACUGCUCCGUGUUGGAGCUAAUUCAGAACCGAAGAGUUCGCUGGCAGCUCCUCACCAUUGUUAUUGCUUUCGCUGCACUGCAGCUAAAUGGCAUCAGUGCUGUGUACUUUUACUCUUUUGAUGUAUUUCGAGCUGCAGGAAUCAAAGAAAACAAGUUGGCAUAUGCUGCAUUGGGAACAGGCUUGUGUGAAGUUUCCACCUCUAUAGUGUGUUUCAUGAUAAUUGAGAGUAUGAGCAGAAAGGUCUUGCUGUUCAGUGGUUACAUGGGAAUGGCUGCAACUAUGGGCGUUCUUACAGUCACUAUUUAUUUUCAGAAAAGUUUCUGGUGGAUGCCUUACUGCAGUAUGGUUCUUUUUUUCCUCUUCAUUUUCUUCUUUUCCAGUGGACCUGCUGCAACGACAGUGCCUCUUCCAGGGGAAAUUUUAACUCAGUCGUUUAAAUCAGCCGGAUACACAGUCGGAUGCACUAUUAACUGGAUCUGCCUGUUUGUCCUUGGGGCACUUUUCCCCAUCUUAGUGGAGAAUCUGGGUAAUUUUUGCUUCCUUAUAUUUUUGGCUGCCUGCCUCAUCUGUGGGAUCCAUGUGAGGUUCAACAUGCCAGAGACCAAAAAUCGAACGGCGCUGGAGAUAUCUGUUGAGUUUGACAGGAUGCACAGUAAAGACAAGGCCUCAGAAAAGAAAAAGUCAUCUGGGAUCUGUGAAAUCAAAGUUCAACAGACCAAAUUAUGAUACAGGAAGAGGUUGGCUUAAAACUCAACCACAAGUGCAAUAAUUUUAGAUUUACAGUUCAGUGUAAUACAGAUUAAAUAUAAGCAGAUAUUUGUAGAUUUCUUGGGCCAAUAAAAAUCAGACCACAUGUUCAGGGUAAAACAAGGCAAGGCCAGUUUAAAUGUAGCAGCAUACUGUAUGUGUAUAGUGUGACGAAGUUCUUUGAUUAAAAA